UCAAAGCAUUUGUAGCGAGACUUUGAUCGCAGCCAGUGUGUAGUGAAAAUAGAGGAUUGGGUUUGAUUUAUAUCUAGAUCAUUCAGAAUUCAGAUAGAUUUACAUAUCGAUAUAAUACGAUAAAGUAAAAUUCGCGAUAAAAUCUUGAGAAAGUUUUGAAAAGAUACGAAAACAUAAAUAUGUCAGAUCCGGAACUUGAAGCGUUACGACAGCAACGUCUGGCUCAAUUGCAAGCUCAAUAUAAGGGUAACAAUGCCAACGAUAAACAAGCGAUGGAAGAGAGAAUGCAACAAAUGGAAGAAAUGAAGCAUGCUAUAUUGACCCAAGUGUUGGAUCAGUCAGCUAGAGCAAGAUUGAAUACACUUUGCCUUGGAAAGCCUGAGAAGGGCAAAAUGGUGGAAGAAAUGCUUCUGAACAUGGCACAACGUGGACAGCUACCUGGCAAACUUGGAGAGAAAGAACUAAUCAAUUUACUUGAAAAUGUGAAUCAACAAACGCAAAAGAAGACAACAGUCAAAUUUGACAGGAGAAGAGCAGCUAUGGAUUUUGACGAUGAUAUGGACUUGUAGCAAUUGUAUAAAUUUUACACAUCCAAAAUUGAUUAAAUUAGAGAUGUUCAUGAUUUAUAUGUGCAGUAAGUUACAGAAAUUACAAUAUUCACCACUUUUUGCUUAGUAAUAUUAUUUUUAUGCUGUACUAAAAUAAAAAAAGUUACUAUCACUUGAAUUUUGAUAGUAGGACAAGAGAGAGAGUUGAUUAACAUUACCAUUCACUUUGUUAUUAAAUAUAUCGCAUAUAUAUCUGGAAAUUAUCAUUCGCCUUAUAAUCUUCCAUUUUUCCAACUUUCCAGAAUCAACCAUUUCCAUACGGAACCACAUGUCAUUUCGCUAUGAUAGUAGUAAUAAUAAUAAUAUAUCUUGAGAAAUAUUUACUUUUUAGAUCUCUUUUUCUUUAUACAUGUAAAUACAUUCAGCAAACAUACAAUUAUUUUUCAUUCUAAAAAAAAAUCACAAUCACUCUUCCAGUACACAAUGCAACAAACAACAGUUUCGCACAACUUGCAUAAUGCUAAAUAUUAUCAUUAUUUUAUCCAUACAUAUACAAAAACCAAUGUUUAGUUUGAUGUUUAAAUACGAUUUUACAAAUCAUGUGAACAAUCGUGUUUAAUAUACAAAUUUUUGAUAUAUAUUACAUUCUCUUUUUGUUAAAGCUGUGUUAAAAGACAAAUUUUUCUCAAUGUGUACAUCUUCGCUUAACUAGGUAGAUCGUAUUGUCUCGAGGGAUGUAUAUAAUUUUUGUUAUAUAUAUAUAUGGGGCAUUCUUUCUCAAAUCAGCC